AUGACCGAUGUCUACGAUGGCUUUGGCGAGGGCCGCAUCGGCUCGCCCAGAUCCCCGACUCGGCCCCACAGCAUGCGACGCAGACAGAGCAUGCAGGUGCUCGAGCUGGAAUCCAGAGUCGACCAGCUCCUCGCAGAGAAUCGCAUGCUGAGCGAGGCACGAUCACACGCCGAGCAGAACCUCACGCAGGCUCAACGCGCCGCGACUGCGUUAUCCGACCGCGACUCCGAGAUCGAGUCGCUCAAGGCGUCCCUGCAGUUCCUGCAGAAUGAAGUAACACGCCUCACCGAAGUCAACGAUGGCCUCACCAGCGCCAACGCCGAGCUCGCCAAACAAGACCAUGGCCGCUACACAGACCUCGAGUCUCGCCAUGCCAGCGUCACGCGAGAGCUCACCGAGGCGCGGGGCGCCCACAAUACCUUCCAGCAGUCGCUGUCCGACAAGGACGCCGAGAUUGCCGAACUGCGCGCGCAGCUCGAGGAUGCCAAGGAACAGAUCCGCGAGAUGCAGCGCAAGAUACUCGAGUCCAAGGCUGCCGACAGCGACUUCCUCGACAUCAGAGAUGAGGAUCACUUUGACAACCGCUGCCAGCAGCUCUGCUCCCACGUCCAGCAGUGGGUGCUGCGCUUCUCCAAGUUCUCCGACAUGCGCGCGUGCCGGUUGACCAGCGAGAUCAAUGAUGAGAAGACCAUUGACCGUCUCGACAAUGCCGUGCUGGACGGCUCCGAUGUCGACAGAUAUCUCGCAGAUCGCGUCAAGCGUCGGGACAUUUUCAUGUCCAUGACGAUGAACAUGAUCUGGGAGUUUGUAUUUACGCGCUACCUCUUUGGCAUGGACAGAGAGCAGCGCCAGAAGCUCAAGUCGCUCGAGAAGAACCUGACAGAGGUCGGGCCGCCACACGCUGUCCGUCAGUGGCGCGCCGUGACGCUGACCCUUCUCGCCAAGCGAGACAAUUUCAAGCAACAAAAGGACCAGGACACCGAGGCCGUGGUCCAGGCCAUCUUCCAGACGCUCUGCAAGAUUCUCCCGCCGCCGGGCAAUCUCGAGAGCCAGAUCCAGACCCAGCUGCGGCGUGUCCUCCGCGAGGCUGUGGAUCUGUCCAUCGAGAUGCGCACGCAAAAGGCGGAGUACAUGAUGCUUCCGCCCUUGCAGCCCGAGUACGACUCGGAAGGCGAGCUGGCGGCGACGGUCCAGUUCAACGCCAGCAUGAUGAAUGAGCGCUCUGGGAAGAACACGUCGUCCAACGAAGACCUCGAGGCCGAGGGCGCAGUAGUCCGCGUCGUCCUCUUCCCCCUCGUGGUCAAGCGGGGCGGCGAUGAUGGUGUAGGGGAUGAGGAGAUUGUGGUGUGCCCCGCCCAGGUGGUUGUCGCGACGCCCAAGGGGCGCCGGGGCUAUGCGGCAUCGAGUGACGCUGGGGGAGCGUCGCUGCUCGGUGGCCGCAGCCACAUCAGUGUCGUCACGGAACACAUGGGCGAGUAG